AUUUAUUACAUUUAUAGAAAAAAAUCAACCGAAAUAUCCAUGCUUCCGCUGAGUGAUUCGCAUACGGAGCGCAGCUAUUGCAAUGUGGCUCCUUUGGUGCCAGAAUCAAUGAAAAUGACAGUUUUAUCUACUGAUGGACAUAAACUCAAAUCGGCGAUUGCUUCAAUAGAGGGGAAGGUAUGGAAAUCAAAUCUGGAAAAACAUCCAGGGUUUAUCAAAAGUGCGCAUUUUAAUCAAGGCCUUGGAAUUCGAUCAAAGGGCCAGCAUGAUAAGCUAUUGAUUAACAAAUUGGAGAAAUCGAAAACAACAAAAGUUGCCACAGGAAAACUUGGAGAUCCUAUAGAAGUUUCCGAUGAUUCAAAUGAUAAUGAUGAAUCCAAUAUCCAACAAAAAGCGGACAAAAUCAAUAGUGAUGGAUUUUUACACAGUUCAAAAAAUUUGAUAUCUCACAUCCACACUCAGUAAUCUCAAACCCAUCUUCUAUUGCCGCCGACUUUAAACAAUUUAAAAAAUUGGGCACAAUUAAAGUAAAUCCACUUGAAUGUUCGAGUCCAUUGUCUGUCAUACCGCCAUCCUCAUCAUCAGCUUUCAAUAUUAACUUUAUGGGCAAUGACAAGUUUAGCUUGCCGGCGGUGCAGAUCUGAUACCAUUAUCAUGUGUCGAUAGCGGCUUGGCAUACUCCUCAAGAACUGUACCAGUUACUAGUCUAACGGCAGGUGCUACAUCUGAGUCGUCCAUACAAACUCAUGGUCUGUCUUCUGAACAUAGCUUUGUAUGUAAUAUGGUUAAUUCGAUUAAUUAUGAUGAUAUAACGAUAACUCCAACAAACAAUUUAAACAACAGUUUAAGUGAUUUGAAGCUCCACAAACUGCACAAGAAACCAAAGAAAACGAAGGAGGGUAAGAGCAAAAAAAAAGAAAGACAAAAAGGAGAAAACUAAGAGUAAAGAUAAAGGUGAUGACAAGAGUAUGUCAAUGGUUGAGAAACCUAAAAGUGUGGAUAAGAAACAAAAAAAGGACAAAAAAAGAUAAAUUGCAGGUGCAAACGGAUGUUCUUAUGCAAAUAUCGAAGGAUAAUCUAGACUGCAGUAACAAAGAAACUCCGUUAAAUUCUGGUCUUUUCUCGGAUCCGUUGAAGUCGCCGAUUCAGGACAAUUCCCCAAACAACUAUCCAAGAAGUAGCGACAAUAACACAUCAUUUGCCCUUACCCAAGUUAGAUUUGUCACCCAACCAGGUGCCAAAGCUUACACUUAAGCUAGGUGGAAAAUCAAAUCCAACUUCUCCCAAUCAAUUUGAUGACGGUCAGCACGAUUCACAAAUAUCAAUGAUACCGACACAUCCAAUUGCUUUGGCUCUAAUUCCAACGAAGACUACAAAAAAGGAGCAUUCGCCAGAAUUGGCACGGUUUUCGCCACUUGUCACUGGACCGCCGAAACCCAAGCAAUGUGAAACACAAGCUGUAGUUUCGACUACGGCGCCUGCGCCUGUGUCUGUUUUUCUUUCAUCGGAUGUUAUGCUGGAAAAUACAAAUAUGAUAUCAAAUGAUCCGGCUCAAAGCAACUGGUUGAUAACAGCAGCAGAUACGACUGCUUCUCCAAACUGUUCGGCAACACUAUCAGCAAGUUCUGUCUUAUUGCCUCAGCAAUUGCUGCAAGCAGUACCAAAAACGACAUCAUUCCCCUUUAGUCAGAAAGCAGUUUCGUCAUCUAUAAAGAAUAUCGAAGAAGAACCAUCUGCAUCUGUGUCUUCGCAAAGUGUUGAAUCCAAUAGACCUUCCUCUUAUGUUGACGCAGAAGGCUAUCGCAUUUGGAUUUGCCCAGCAUGUGGCAAAGUCGACGACGGGUCCGCAAUGAUUGGUUGUGAUGGAUGUGAUGCUUGGUAUCAUUGGAUUUGUGUAGGCAUAUUUGUGGCACCGAACGAUAAUGAGGAUUGGUUUUGUCGCGUCUGCAUCACUAAAAAAGGCCAAGGAUCGGAAAAGAAGAAAAGGCGUAACAAAAAAAUAAAAUCUAGAUUAAUUGAAUAUAAUUCUUAUGUUAUGGUACUUUUAUUACAAAAACAUAAUAAAUAAUAAUCUUAUACAAUGUAAAGCGAGCUGAAAGCGUAACUUACAGCUGAGCUUAUAAGCGAUCUGACCAUCUCGCAGAAACAAACGCACACUACUUGUAAAAUAUGAAGUGGCGCACACUAAUGAGCUUAACUCAUUUGUAUAAAAGUAAAGUAAGUUGUGCGUUUGUUUUUGCAAGUUGCUUAGCUCGAUUAUAAUUAUUAUUAUUACUUUAUUCGAUUGAAGGUUAAACACCCAAGUAUUACGACAGUGGUGUCAUAAGCAAACAGUUCAGAAUUAUUUCAAUAAAUAUCAUUCAUUUGUGUUCUGAUACAUAAUAAUUUGUUAAUUUUUUUAAUUUAUAUACAUUGGAAACAAUCAUAUUCAUAUUGUCAAUAAUUGAUAAAAAUAUUUUAUUGUGUACCUGUACAUUAAACAAUUUGAAAAAUAAUGAUACAUUAAUUAAUACUAAGGAUAUUAUGCUACUCAAAACGGAAUUCUGUCAGACCAAUAAAAUGUUCUAAACUAAAGCUGAAAUUUUAUAUACGACUUAAAAACAUUUAAAAAUAUAAAUCUACUAGGUCGAUGUAAUCUGAACACUAUUAAAUGUUGAAGUUAAAAGUUAUAUAAGAAAUGCUUUUGUAUAUAUGACAAAACGCCUAGUGCUGCUUAGUUGCUUUUGGUGACAAUCUGGUAUGUUAAGUACUCUAUGGUAUUUGUCUAAAAAUGUUGUGUGCUUUUGGUAAUAGAAUAGAUUUUGACUGAAUAAUGUUUAAUUUUAUUGGAGCAACUCACAAUUUCACCACAGUAAAUGAAAAUUACACACUGGUUAACUUUUUAAAUUUGUUGAUGGAAUUAUAAAUUCUUGCUAUCUUUAUAAGGUUUCGCUAAAUGCAUGCUUUAGCAUGCACUCAAACCAAUUUUCCACUCCGAUUAAGGCACCUCCAAGACAAGGUUGAACGGUUCAACAGCAUCUUCUGGCGACAAAAAUCGUUGACCACGCAUUUUUCUUGUUCGUUUUUCGAAUAUCAUCAAGGACUUAAGGCAAACAAAUUGUGAUGUACCACUCAGACUUGACCGUCCUACAUCUUCAAAGAGAUAGAUCCAUGAUUCGUCACCUGUGACUAUCUUAUAAAUUUCUUUUGAAGCACCGCGAAUGUAUUUUUUUUUAAUUUCUUUGAGUCAGUCCACCUAACCUUUUUUUUGGACAAUUGUCAAAUUGUGCGGGAUCCAACGAGAACAAACCUUUUUACGACCAGGUGUUAAUGCAACAUCGAAUGUAUUCUGGACGAAAUGUCCAAGGAUCUAUCUCACGAUAUGUCACAUGACGAUCUUGCAUUAUCAGUUCACGCACGGGAUCAAUGGUUUCUGGCACAACGACUGUUUUGGAUGACCUUCGUCUUCGAGCGAGCAUCGGCCACGAUAGAAUUCAUAAACUCAGUUUUUCGUCGAAAGUUGAGAAGAAAUCGACCUCAAUAAGAAAAUAUUUAGUCUAUUAAUAUAAUUUUGGCAGUAAUCUUUAAAAUUGGCAAUUGAAAUCACUACAUAAUUUCUAGUCAACCAUUUUACAAUUUUGGAACAACCAUUUCGACAAAGAUUUAAGAACAUCAUAUUAAUUACUCUACUCUUUAUUGCUUAAAUUUUUAAAUAUGUUCAUGCCUGAAGCUUUAACUAUUUAUAGCGUCUUCAAUCAUGGACUUUCUGGAUAUUUCAAUAAAAAUUAUUAUUCAACGCCAUUUGAAUUUUAUAAUUUGUCAGUGCAGAGACAUAUAAAGAUUGUCGAACGCAAAUUUAAUCUGUAAGAUCAGUUUUAACAAACGUUGUAAUAACUAGUCGUCGAGUGGACGAACUCUUUUAAAUUUUUCAAUGUAUUUGUGUAUUUUUUAUUUAUUAAAAAACACGAUUACUUAACUUGGCCGAUCACUUACCAGCACGUAUUCGUAAAUUUUAAAAUAAGAGUUUGAGUUUUGCUGUGAAACUUGGGACCAUGUGAAAAUAGUUUAUUGAUUUACAUUAUUUCUGGCAUAAAAUAAUAUGUAUGUAUGUAUGUAUUAGAGAAAUAAUAGCAUCUUCCGCACCACCAUGGAUUUAACUAGAAUAAUUACCAUAAAAUGUUUGUCCCUAUGCUUUGAUUAAAGUAGUAUUUUAAAAUGCGAAAUCUUUUACCUCUAAUUUAUUUAUAAUAAAAAUGAAAAAUAAUAGAAACCGCUACUUGAUUUAUGUCAACGUGAUGUUUUAGCUAUUUCGAAUAUGUAUAUUAAAAAUUGUAAUAACAUCUAAUAUUUACAAAUUUCAAAAGUAACAUCUGUUGGUUAAUUGUUUAAAUAAUCUAAUUUACAGAAAAUGUUUCAUUAAGUGCUUCAAGGAAAAUAUCUAUAAUAAUCAAAUUGUAUUAGCAUAAAUUCAUAUUCUAUGUUGAAAGCCACUCACGGACUUUUAUAUAUAUUCAGUAUAAAGGUCGUUUUCUUAAUCCCAUAUUGGAGUAAGGUUUAAUUAAUUAAUAUGCCGAUGGUUAUUUAUAUAUUAAAACGACUUAGCUUAAUAAAAAUAACAUUCGAUUGACAUUCAUAACUUUUUAAUUUCGUGACCAUAUAUUAAAAAAUAUUUUGGAGGGUAUUCAAACAAUUUUUUAUUAUAUUUCACAAUGUGUUAGAAUAUUUAUAUAGGUAGUUCAAAUUUACAAAUAUUAAGUUGUGAAAUGAAUUGGAAAAUGUACAAUUUCAGGUUAUCUAGCAUUUAAAUCAGAGGUGUCCCUGCCAAAUUGUUGCCAAUCGUUGUCAUAUACACAACACUGCUCACUGUAGUAAGCACUACAAAAAGAAAAUACAAAUCUAACAAAAAAAUAUAAUUAUGGUAUUGUUUAUGUGUAUUGCUUAUUAUUCUGUCGUAAUCAAAGCUUGGGCACCCGUAACUUAAACUACAAUGAACAUGUGCUGAUUUCUGUCU